AUGGCUAGUACUCGCGAUUCUCAUUCUUAUGCAUGUGAUGAAUGUCGUUUACGAAAGUCCAAGUGCUCCAAGGAGAAGCCUACUUGUCAACAAUGCAAGCAGUUGAACAAGGAGUGCAAGUAUAGCCCAAAGGUUACUAGAAGCCCCUUGACACGCCAGCACUUGACCUAUGUGGAAGACCGCUUGCAUAUCUUCGAAACUGCCCUCGGGAGGCUGUUCCCCGGAGGUGAUCUGGACGCGACGGUUCGCUCUCUCUUGCAUGAUCAAGAAUCACUUCCAAAAGCCAGCUCCUCAUCCAAGUCUUCAUCAAGGCAUUCGACACCCGCAAAGGCUGAGGCAGAUCGGCACGAACCCGCUCCGGAAGCCCUACCCCAACAAGCGGAUGGGUUUGACUGGACUGAAAACAGGAUUACGGUCGGUGACUUGACAGAUGGAAUGGCUGCUUUGUCCAUAAAGCCAGAGGGCGCGGGUUACUUUGGGGCAUCCUCAAGCGUCGUGCCGCUCCGAGCGCUGCUCAAGCAUGGUUUCGAUCUCAACAUCCCAUCUGGUUCAUCAAGGCCAGUGGACAACUCGGAUAGGAUUCCCUUGAAAUCCCAACUUCUGAACAUUGCCCCGUCUGGCGUUGUUGAACAGGCAUUCAUGGAUGCUUUCUUUUUAAACUACCACACAAGUUAUCCAUUUGUUCACGAGGCCACGUUCCGAGCUCAAUUUUACGAACAAAUCCCCCGGCCCCAUGGGCCGGCAUGGCAUGUCCUUUUAAACACGAUUCUCGCCCUGGGGGCAUGGUGCAUUGGGGACGAUAAUUCCGACCUAGACAUCACAUUCUACCAAGAAGCCAGAAGUCGGUUACAACAAAUGUCCGUGUUUGAAGCCGGUAAUCUCACUCUUGUUCAAGCACUGUUGUUCCUGAGCAAUUAUGCGCAAAAGAGGAACAAGCCAAAUACAGGCUGGAACUUUCUGGGGCUUGCAGUCAGAAUGUCUAUGAGCCUUGGACUGCACAAGGAAUUCCAUGGGUGGAAGAUUAGUCUCCUGCAACGAGAAGUCCGUAGGCGACUAUGGUGGGGUGUCUUCAUAUUUGACAGUGGUGCUGCAAAGACGUUCGGUCGACCUAUCCUUCUCCCAGAGGAUAGUGUCAUGGAUGUGAAACACGUUGUGAACAUUCAUGAUGAAGCGCUCACCGCGAGUUCUGUGGCUCUACCCCCAGAGGUCAACGAGCCCACCUUGUACUCCGGAAUGAUUGCGCAGGCUAGAUUCCAUUUGUUGACAAACAGUGUCUACCAACGCCUUAUUUCUGGUCCCAGCCUGACCCCUGAGGAGACGCUGAAUCUCCAGAAACCCAUCGAGGAAUGGUACAACGCACUCCCCGACUAUAUAAAGCAGCCCAACUCCCUUCCGGUAUCGGAUAACUUUGCUCUGGUUCGCAACCGACUUCUGUGGCGGGACUGGAAUCUAAGAAUUCUCAUUUACCGCCCCGUUCUUCUAAGGUGGGCGUCUCGAAGAUGGACUCCAAAUACACCCACAGAACCAGAAGACCCCUUUGAACUCGACUGUAGGAUGCUGUGCCUUCGGAACGCACGACUCACCAUAUCAUCGAUCACGGACUUUGUAAACAACCAUCUCUGCACACGCCUCGGUGCAUGGUAUAUGCUGUAUGUCCCCGUUCAGAAUCGAUAA